UUUUUGGAUGAAUAUCUCAUUAACUUUGAUUUCGUGUCGCAUACUUUUGUUGCAAUUGUGAAGGACAUAAGAAUUGUUAGUGAUGCCCACUGUCUUUCUGAGGCUUUUUCAUCAAUACCCUCAAUUAAAAGUGCAGAGAAAGAUUUGUUGACUGUCGUUCCUUCUCCAAGAAUUGUGCUGAAUAAAUCGGCCUCAUGUUCAAGUAGUGAAGACGAUAAAUGUGAAAUCAGUAGUGAGAAAUCAGGAUCUAGUGUUAGGAUGUUGGAUGUCGAACUUCGAUCAGUUUCCGUAAUUGUUGAGAAAAUUCCACUCUCUGAAGCUAUCGGCUUUGUAAAAUCUGGUCUCGAUGCGGUAGAGGAGAUUAAUGAGACUUCACCGCCUGCUUCUGAACAACCCAAUAUUUUGCCAUCGGAACAAAGUUCUUGUGCAGAUAAGUGGAUACCGACGCAGAAUCCCACUGCCGAAACACUCAGCUUUAGUGACAAUAUAGACACCGUCUCCGCUGAUGAUGAAAUGAGUAAUACCUCAGCUUCUUCUGGCCUUGUUCUACCAACUCCACGAAAGACAAAUAGUGAUCAUGCAAUCGAUGAUUGUGAUCCAUCAGUGGAUUGGGAUAUUUUUCACCUUUCCGAUUCAAAUUCAAACAAAAAUGAACAUUCUGUCGGCAGCCACAAUGUAGAUCAGGAUGCAUCUGUUCAUACGCCUCACACUUCACGAAGCAACUCUCCUCUUUCCAUCCCGCCCUCAUCUCGUUUGCUUGACCCGCAGCCUCCUCCAGAAGGGCAAGCUGAUUUCCUCACCUGGUUAAGUAUGCAGGAGCCAACGGUCGAAAUAUGCUAUCUUGAAGAGUCUGCGCGCGCGAUUGAAGAGCUGCGUAAAAUUGAGCCGGCACAGCCCUUUUCGGAUUAUUUUAUAAAUUUUGCCUUUAUUGAAUGA